AUCAAAAGAGUGAAGUAAUUGAAUUAUAUGCAAAAUUAUCAGAAAUAUAUCCACCAGGACAUAAAUUUAGUAAACAUGAAAUUGAAGCUUGGUGCUCAAUGUUGAGAUCAACUAAUUGUAAAAAUAUAACACCUUUCCCAAGAAAAGAAUCAUAUUUUGAAUUUUGGGCUAGAGCUGAAGAUGAAUCCAAAAAUAAAGAAACAUUCAGAUAUUUAUAUGAAAAUG